ACUUAUAAUGAAGCUCGCACGUUUCUUGUGCUUGUUAUCACAUGUGAUUUAAUAUUUAAAAACUUUUGGAAUAAAAUAUAAAUAAUAAAAAGUUAUUUUCGAUAAAAUGUGGUAUCAUUUAAGGAUUGUCAUAUGCAUUUUGUUAUUAUUUCAAUAUGUUUCGGUGUCUGGUGACAUAACUGCACAUGUUGGAUUACAGGUUGAUGGUUCUGGUUUUCAUAGGAUUUUUACAUAUCGCAUUGAUGUGGACAAUUUGAUUUGGAAGGAUUGUUAUGCGUCUUUGCAUUUUCUACUACCUUCUGCUCUUUACGUAAACAUUAAUGAGUUGGCAGAACUCAGGAGAAGCGAUAAAACUACAGUAUGCUCCGUUGGAGAAACGGAUACAGAAUUAUUUAUGGAGAACGCAAACUCUCAAAAUGUUACUCUUUGUAGUCGUAUCGAUGAUGGUUCAUGUGUCAUGUCUUUACCGAUUCAUCAACGAUAUCAAUAUCCUAAGGAGAACGGUGAUUAUGAGAAUGUAGUUUUAGAAAAACCUAGUUUACUUCUAGGUUGUAAACAAAGAAUCAGAGAGUAUAGAAUAUCUAAAAUAAAUCUAUGUCCAUUGUGCGCUGGUAUGGUGGUAAAAUGGAGAGAAUUACCAUACGCUAGUGAUGAGAUUGAUUAUAUAUGGACAAUACCUAUAGGAAACGUAUCUCUUUUCUCUUAUAUCACUUACAUUACAUUAACAACAACUAUUAUAGGAACUGUUUUUAUAAUGAAUACAAUAUGGACACCAACAAUUAGAGAACGCUUAAAAGAGAAUUAAUUUACGUUUCGUGUUUUUGCUAAAUGGAAGAUCAUAAAAGAAUAUAAAUAUUUUUUUAAAAAAUAAAACUUUAAUAAAUAUUAAAUUACGUCAUAUAAAUAUACUUACAAAAAAUCAUUAGCUUCCAUUACUACUUCUAUUUGAUACACCGAAGAUUCUUUUUUCUUGAUUACUGGAUCAUUCCACUUUUGUACCGUACCUUUACCAAAUAAUAUGAAAAUAAGAUUUCCUACUAUAUAAAGACCGGCUGUGAGGAAGAAUAUACUUCUCCAUUGAAGAAUAUUAGACUGUUAAUGGAAUGAGAAAAAGAUAUUAAUAAAAUACAAUAUACAAUAGAACAGAAUAAAAUAAACAAUAAUGAAAGAUUAAAUUACUGACCGGAUCUGGAAUGAUUAUACCGCUUAUGAUAGGAGCUAAAAUAGCACAAAUGUUGUUCCUUAUUGAUGUAACCCAAGGAAAUUAGUGCGACAGCAGGAAUCCAUUGUCCUAUGGUGUUACAUAUUUUUCUGGAUGCCUCCAAGCUGACAAUAUUUUUUCUGAUACACAUAUCAGAAAUAUAACUGAUCGGUGAACUAAGAAUCCAUGCUGUCAAAUAUGGCAAUGCCGUCAUCAAUCCAUUCUGAGAAAAGAAAAACAAAUGUUUUAUUCGUUUGGUACAACGUUGUGGUCGGUGAAUGAUAUUUACAAACGACACCGGUCAUUGAUAUUCUUAAGUUGUAUCGUAAUUGAUCUUGACCGACAGUAACCGCAAGUCAAAGAAUUCAUUAAUGGGGAUAGUUACAUUCGAUUAACGUACCAUUCGCAAGGUAUUGCUGGUAUAUAUUGGCAUUGAUUCAAGCAAACACUCUCUCGCAUAUUAAUUCGAUUUGUUAUUUACGUAUUUACGAGUGGUUAAGAAAUGUAAAUGAUUUUAAUUAAAAUUCUUUCUAUACGAUUGCGUUUUAAAUAAAUGAUCAAGGUCAUACGCUGUUCAAUUUAACUCGUUUUAUUGAACUUUAAGAGUUGAACUUACCUGUUGUAUAUCAUAACCGAGAGCUGAAUUCAUAUAAGAAGGCAUUUUAGUUAACAACAUCCAGAAUCCCCAAUUUUGAACGGCUUGUGUAAUAAGAAGAGCCCAAACAG